AGGUAUUGAGAAAGAAAAGGACAUGCCAAUCAUUUGGGAACCCAAUUUAAUUGAAGAACUAUGUGAUGUUGAAGUUGUAGAUGUGUCAUGUGGGCUUGACCAUUCCCUGGUUCUUUGUGGGGAUGAAACUCUUUUAAGUAGUGGGAGCAAUGUGUAUGGCCAGUUGGGUAGAGUAAACCAAGAUUCAGGGAUGCAUCCAGUUGACAUAAAGUUCCGUCCUCUUUCUAUAGCAUCGGGUAUGGGGCAUUCUUUUGCAGUCUGUCAGAAUCACACAUCAGACGUUACUGAAGACUCACCAAUCGUUGUUUCAUGGGGAUGGAACCACAAUUCUCAACUUGGGAGAAAUGGUCUAGCAAAUAUCCCGCUGGUGGUUGAAGCACUUUCUAGUGAGACACCUAUUACAGUAUCGGGGGGACGGGCUCAUUCAAUGGCUAUCACAGCUAGGAAAGAACUUUGGACUUGGGGCUGUGGUAGAAAUGAUAGACUUGGCUUGGGCAGCUCGGCUGAUGAACCAGAACCUAUGGUAGUUGAAGAUCUGGAAGGUUGUGAAGUUAUGGAAGCUGUUGCAGGUUUUGAUCAUAGUCUUGUUCUCAUUGGGGAAUGAGGUGUGUUGAGAAUAAUUUCAACUGAUUCUUGCUAGUGCUCUUAUUGUACUAGAUCUUCCCCUGAUAAAUUGUGGAAUUUCCUCAUUCCCAUUUCAAAAGUCAGAAGUUAUUUGCUACUAA